AUGAUGAUUUUGAGUGCGGGGGGCUGCGCAGUUGCCUUUAGAACUGCUGAGAAACAGAUGCAACGCUACGCUGUGGGCGCACUACAUAGUACAUCAAAACAGUCUGAUUUCUUUUCAUGGUUCAGAAAGAAGAAGGAGCAAGAGGCUGAUUCUCUUGUGGCGACACAAGAUACUAAAGAACUUAUUAAAGACAUUGAAAGUGGUAAAAAAUCGAAAAUUUCAAACAGGGAAAAGCUCGAUCUCAGACCAGAGAACUUUAUAGGAGAUGAUUCAGCCAAAAUUGAAAGAAAAGCGCGCCAAGCACUGCUUAUGGAUGUACCCUUUAACGUAUGGCUUAAUGGGUCUAAGGUUGCCAAUGACCAGCAGCUGAAGUCCAUCGCUAUAGAAAGUUUUAACGCAGCGUCGCAAGACUUAACAAUAUCGUCGGUUGAUGAGGCACCAUAUAGUGCAGACUUUACAGAUUUGGUAACCAAGUUCAAUUUCACUAAGCUUUUGCAGGCAAGGACGGGCUAUCUGAUUCCGGAUAAUAAAUUGACGAUAUUGAAUUCACCCUCACAAUUUGUAGAAUUCUAUUGCACGGAAAUAAUAUCCGGAAAGUCUUCCAAAUUCAAAGAAUCUGAGCCACACGCGAUUAAUCUUUCCACCAGGCAUAGCCCUCCGAACGUUUACAUAGCACCAGAUAUUGAUGCAAAGUCUCAAAAGAAGAGAUUUGGUAAGAUUAUGUAUGAGGCCCAAUCACUGGAAGCAGAGCAUACCAAAAAAUCGAUCGAACUUAUAAAGAGAAUCUGA